AUGCCUGCUCUCCCCACGCCCCUUCCACCUACGCCAACACCGUCGAUACACUCGCCUACCAUGCAGAGCAGCGCCGAGCUCAACACGAGCAGAUCUACAAUCAUGUCAGAGCAGGACCAGCCAAUCGCCGGCCCGUCAAAGAGUUGGCAACAGACGUCCUAUUUUCCACAGCCUUACCUGCCACCGACACCGCCUGUGCAAGACGGCGAACAACCGGGGUCAGUGGCCUCAAUCAACUUUGUUGAGCCCGUGAUGCCGCGUAGAAGAAAUCCGUCGACACGCAGACCCCUUAGCGCGUACCCUCAAGACGAUGAAGACCCCAUUCACCCACCGUCGCGAAAGUAUACAGAUCCGACGCCUGUGUCACACCUUCCGUCAAGUGAUGAUGAAGAGAGCGGUGAUUCACACCAACUAGACGUUGACCUCGAUGCGUACUCCAACACUGGGUUCGAAACCGAGGAGGAACCAUUGGAGGAUAGGGAACCGACGCUGAGCUUUGUCACUGCGUCCACCCAUGAUUCUACCGCGGGUACGCCCCCCAUGAGUAUGGCAUAUAGCUUUCCCGGCCAAGUGGAAGAGGGGAGAGAUGAAGUCGAGCCCAAAAUACGGCUACGCUCAACAGCAGGUCGUGGCGCAAAUACGUAUUCCUCUGCAGAGUCGUCCAUCGGCUCUGGUCCAUAUUCUUACCACGCCUACGGAGACCAGAUCUACCAGCAAAACCCCCCGCCUCUACCCCAGAUGCCAAGUGGCCACAACUCCUCCAUGGGUCUGGGCAUCUCAACCGAGUACUCUUGGCCGGCGAAUUUGGCCUCUUCGCAAACCAGCCGCCCGCCAGUCCUCUCCCCUUCGAACACUUUUCCCCAUCGACCAUGGAAGCGAGACGUGGUUACCAGGCUCCGGAGUGGCUCAGCCUCUUCUGCCUUCACUGUCGCUUCAACCGCCACCGAUGCUUCUGAUGGGUCGUCAAGUCGAGCGAAUAUGCAAGAUGGAGCUUUCCAUUACGACUAUGAUGGUCUACUACCGUAUGAGCGAGAACAGGCGGAGCCGGAAGCGCUUGCGAUGAUUAAGGAGGGCAGAGAGAAGAUACUGGAUGUUGAAAAGAUUGAGGCUCUAGGGGGUGUGGAAGCUAUAGAUCAGCACAUGGUCCAUUCAUUAGCUGGCAUCACCCAUCUGCUUCUUCCAUCGUGUGGGCCGCAGAUACUCGGCUUCCUCUCUCCCUUACUCUCAGUACUCGCGCCUUCGCUGGUUGUGCUUGAUCUGUCAAACAACAACCUGUCUGCCAUCCCCGAUACAUUGCAGCACUGCACGUCGUUGGAAGAGCUGAAUCUGUCGGACAAUCCCCUUUGGAAUAUCCCUGGUUGGGUUGGUGCUCUUGUUGGUCUGCGUGUGCUGGUCAUGGAUGGAUGUGGCAUCUCGAGUCUGCCCGAAGAGAUCUGUCAUCUACAUGCGCUUCACUCGAUCUGCGUCCGACGAAAUAAAUUGGUGGCUUUGCCGACAUGGCUAUGCCUUCUGGCUCAACUAGACACUCUCAAAGUCGACAACAAUCCCUUCACCCCCGAAUGGCUCCACAUCAUCCCUCCUAUCCUCGAGCCACCACCUCGGAUACUCCCGGCUGCUGGCAAGAGAAACUCCCAUCAUCACCGCCAUCUCUCUAUCAACAACGGGCUGAGAACACCAGUAUCGGCGACACCUAUCACAUCACCCACCUCAUCGGCUGGUCAUACAGAACAGGGAAUGGCCAGCGGACCUUCUUCAUCCGCUCAAUCGUCCUUUCACCCAGCGGGUUUGGGGCCUAUCGCGGAAGACAAUCACCCUCAUUCUGCGCCUAUCAGAGCGGAUGGAGAGGAUCUCCCAUUCCCGGGAAUGAUGCCUGAAGCUCAAGCUUCGAGAGGUCUGCGGAAAAUGCGUUCUGCGGGUGCAUUGCUCAUCAAGAUGAACCAGUCUGUGGGCAGCCAAUCUCCGAACGUCCGCCCACGAGACUUGAGCCCGCCCACGACAGAUCGAUUUGCAAGUCUGGGCGGUAGCGAUGGACGACGAGCGGCGAGCGCCAUGAGCAACUACACGGAAGACUCUUCUGAGCCGACUGGCUCAAGGCUUGGCAAAGGCUCUGUUCAAAAACCGGGCAAGCUUGGUGGCUUCCUCCGGAAGAUGUCUAUGAACCGCCUUCGCCCCGAGAAGGACAAGACGGCGGCUGUCGCAAGCUCUGCCUCUAGCAAUCUCAAGACUAUGCCCGCUCUGCCGCCGAUGCGUCAUCAGCAUUCAGAUCCUAUCAAACCUGUCGCCAUACGGCCGGGGAUGCUGGGCGCCAUGUCGUCAGCUACGUUGCCCACUCGCAAAAUCACGGAUCUGCACAUCUCAGACUUUGGGCCCGUGAGCCAUGUCCCCACCGGGCCUUCGACUAUGCCCUUGGCCGGGCUACCUUUCCCUUCACAGAUGGGUACAAGCAUGUCCGGGAUGGGCACAAGCAAUAACAGCACCAGUCUUCAUGGCAAGAGAAGAAGCUUCUUGCCUCUCGAUGGGCCUCCGUCGAUCAACGUACAAAUCCCUACGUCCGAAUUUCCUGACCCACAUGCUGCGGAAACUUCAGUCCCAACAUUGACCAUGGAAGCUCCUACUCCUCUGGCUACUGCCCCGCCUUCGAUAAUGUCUCAGGCCCUUGUCGAGUCUCCUGUCGCUGAGAAUGACUAUGAUGCCAAGUAUGAUCAGGGCUUGGACACUAUCAAGCUUAUUCUUCGGGAUCUCCAUGACCUGUCGCGCAAAUCUGUUCCCCAUGACACAUUCGCGGCCAUGGGCGGGGUCGGAAGUGCCGAUAGCAGCUACACUACGUCAUCAGUGCUUUCUGAGCAUCCCGGAUCUCCCAAGUCCGUGGGUCGCGAUUCUUUCGUCGACGUACAUCGUGCUAGGAGGCCCACCUUGGAACGAGACUCUAGAGAGCUGUCGAAUGGCGGUGGUGGAUAUGUGGACCUUGGCGAGAAGGAGCCUUCGCUGUCGGGCAAGAAAUUCAAGAACGACAAAUCCAAACGGGCCAAGAUCAUCCACGAGAUUUGGGAGACUGAGCGCACCUACGUUCGCAACCUUGGGGAACUUGUGACCAUCUAUGUCAAGCCUUCUGCCAAGGUAAUCAACCCCAACAAGUCUGCUUUCGAGACCGUGGUGCCUUCGUCAGAGCGAAAAAUCGUUUUCGGCGGCAUUGAGAGUAUUCUCGCUAUCCACCGAGACAACUUUUUGCCAGCUCUAGAAAAGGUCGUCAAGACAUUGAUUGAGAGUGAAGGCAAGGCCGAUGACGGCGAGAUGUCGAUCGAGACUGCGUACCGCGUCGGUGAGGUCUUCAGGACCUACAUCGCCUACAUGAAGCAGUACUCUACCUACAUCACCAACUUUGACAAUGCCCUUGCUCGGAUGAAGACGUGGUCCGGUACGCCUUCUGGUACAUCAACACCAACAUUCCCUGGCAAGGCAGGCUCCAAUAUGUCCUCGACGGCUAUCAAUGCUGGUAUGAGUGCCAUUUCUCUUCCGGCAGCUGCUCCGACUGCUUCUGGUCCACAAAUGUCAUCCAGUCAAAAGAAGAGGGUCAAGGCGUUCUUGCAGAAGGGCAAGGACCACCCUAUGCACUCGCAGAUCAGUCUCGAGAGUUACUUGCUCCUUCCGAUUCAGAGAAUCCCGAGAUACAAGCUCCUCCUCACUGAACUUGCCAUGUGCACACCUGCCCGAGCCGACGGCUUUCGCGAUACUCUCGAUGACGCCCUGAUUGAAAUCUCUAGCCUCGCAUCGUUGAUGAACGAGGAGAAGCGCGAUGCCGACUCUAGACUGCGAUUGAUCAAUUGGCAGAAGCGUUUCACCAACUCUGGACGUUCCCCUCUGGUGCAGCCGCACCGACGUCUCAUGUUUGAGGGGCCUUUGACUCUGUCUCGGAUCGUCAAAAAGGCGUCCAACUUUGCCGAGCGUGAAAUCAUGCUCGAGACCGAUGGAGACAAGACCAUUACGUCUAGCAAGACCGUAGUUCCUGUCGAUCACGUCGUGCCUGAGUCGGUGGAGAGGGAAGUCAUGUUGAUCCUGUGUUCGGAUAUGAUGGUGCUUGCUACACAGAGAGGUGAUGGAUGGGAGGGACCCGUUAACGUUUUCAAUGUGUUGAGAAUGGGGACUUUGCAGGAGCCAGCUAGCGUGACAUCGGGUAGUACCUUGAGAGUAGUGGACAACAAUUCCAUUUACUACUUUACUGGCAACACUCGGGAUAUCAUCAUACAAUGGUGCCGAGCUAUCAAUACUGCCAGGCGCUGA